AUGCUAAAAAACGAAAAGAUAGUCGCUAACCCAAAAUACGCUAGAGCUAUCCGUGCACCACGAACAGUGCCGACUGAAUAUGAAAACUCUCCUCGAAAUCAGCCACGUAUAUGUACAAUACAAUUGAAUAAAACCGAUACAACAUUUGGUUUCGAUAUUGUCUAUGCGAGUAACACUCCAUUACGUCGAUUCGAUCGAAUCAUUGAAAUUGACGAUGAAUUAAUGGAAAACGAAAGCACAGCAUUUGUUGAAGAAAAACUACUCAAAGCAAGAACCAGAGGUUUUAUAAAACUAUAUCUAGUUGACACGAAAACAUACAAGUUCUAUAAAACGAAUAAUCUACCGUUAUCACCAAAAGAAUCAGCAAAGAAGUUAGCGUAA